GAGCCGCAUGCGGGCGAGCAGGCCCAGGCUCCGCACGCCUAUGAUCCGCACCACCAUCGGGCCUCGCUUCAGCAUGGCGGGCCGUCCCCUCUCCACGAGCCGUCGGCCCAUCAAUCCCACCACGGCUUGCCGCAGCACUACACCGCCGCCCACCACCCUCACCCAAUCCUCACGGACCCAGCACACUUGGCCGGGCACCCGGCGGCGCGACACAUGGGGCAUCCGGGGGCGCCGCAUUUCGGCGCCGGCCCCUCCCCGCAUGCUGUCGUCGCGCCGCUCUACCCCUCUCUAACCCCGACACACGGGCACGCCGCCGGGGUGAAGCGGCCACGGCCCGACGACCUUGACCUCUCCGUCCCCGGCAUGCCCGAACUGGAGCACAGCGAGUUGGAGUCGAUGCAGCAGACGCCCAUGCAGCAGACACCCAUGCAGCAGACACCCAUGGGGUCGGCUUACGCGCAAGCGGCCUCGGCGCCGCCGACACACCACCACCAUCGGCUGCCGGACACAGGACCCCCCAGCAAGAUGAUGCGACGAGACGGCGAGGGCACCGGAGGCGGGGGCGCUCCAAGCAUGGUCGGGCAAGCCGGGAUGCCACCGCCAGCUCCGCGGCCGAAGGGUCCCAAGCUCAAAUUCACCCCCGAGGACGACCAGCUAUUGAUCGACCUCAAGGAAAACAAGAACUUGACAUGGAAGCAGAUCGCCGACUUCUUUCCUGGACGGUCCAGCGGGACGCUCCAGGUGCGGUAUUGUACAAAGCUCAAGGCGAAGACGACGCAGUGGACAGAGGAAACGGUCAGACUGCAUUGCAGGACUACGAGAACGAAAAGUGGCGCAUCAUUGCCAACAAGGUCGGAACCGGCUUCACGCCCGCGGCUUGCCGGGAAAGGGCGGCACAGUUGCUGGGAGAGAACAUAUAGCAGUUGCUCUCUCCAC